AUGAAGUUGAGUUGUAGAAGAAUAAUGAGUGAAAUAAGAAGAGUAUUUGCUAUAUCAGAUCUACAUGUAGAUUAUCUUGAUAACAGAGAAUUUAUCAAAACAUGGACUCAUCUACAUUAUCAUAAUGAUGUGUUGAUAGUAGCUGGUGAUGUCACUGACUCUAUCAGUUUAUUAAAAGAAACAUUCCAACAACUGAAGAAGAUGUUUUAUAAAGUUUUUUAUGUCACAGGAAACCAUGAAUUAUGGAUAAAGCGACCUGAAGAAUGUAAAAAUUCUAUUGUUAAAUUUCAUGAAAUUCUAAAGCUUUGCGAUUCAAUGGGAAUUUUAACUAAGGCAGAAAAAAUACAAAUGAAUGAAAAAGAGUCAUUAUGGAUUUGUCCAGUAUUUUCUUGGUAUUCUGAUCAAGAUGAUGAUUUAGCCAAUUCUUUGUACAUGACAGCAACCAACCAAAAAGCAGAUGAAAAUGCAAGAAAUCUAUGGAUGGACAACCAUUUGUGUAUCUGGCCAGAACUGGAUACGACAAAAUCGGAAUAUUUUCAAAAUUUCAAUAAGAAAAAUUUACCAGAUUCUUUCGACGGACCAGUUAUAACAUUUAGCCAUUUUCUACCAAGAAAGGAUUUAAUAUUUGCAAAUGAAAUAGAGAAAAAAGAAUUAAAAUCAGAACAAGAAAGACUAGGAAAGGACACAAGUGAUGGAGAAAGAACGAAAGUAUUGUUUAAUUUCUCAAUGUAUGCUGGAUGUCAGAGAAUUGAAAAACAAAUACGACAAAUUAAACCUAUCAUACAUGUUUAUGGACAUCAACACCGACAGCGUGAUCGCGAUAUUGAUGGUAUACAUUAUGUUUCACAUUGUCUAGGUUAUAAACGUGAGAGAGAUGCAGGCUUUAUGUGGGGUAUUCAUCAAUGGAAAGGACCAAAAAAGAUCUGGCCACAGUCUAAAUAG